AGAUAUUUAUCAUUUAAUAGAUUCAUGUGUUAUCCAAACAGACUAUUAGGUGUAUUAUACAGUAGUAGUUGUUGUUGUAUAGCAUAUGCAGGUAUGACAAUACUUGAGGCAUACAAUUGGCGUAAUAAUCGACACCAACUUCAUCGACAACAACAACAAUAUCAUCGGCAAAGACAACAGCCUAUCAGACAAUGGUUUCACAGAUCAAGUAUUAGUAGUGGUUUGCCAUCCGAUUCAUGGCUAAGAUAUGCAACGGCCGCUGAUGAUGACGAUACAGAUGAUGGUAGCUAUGAUGACGACGACGACGACAACGAUAUUGAUAUCGAUUGGAUUAUCGAUGUAUGCAAAAAAUCAUUAGUUAUUUGCAAUCAAAUUGAAUUUGACGGCGACAUCGACUCGUUUGGUAAUCAUGGAUCUGGAUUUCGUGUCCGACUGUUCGGCGAUAAUCUGCUGAUUGUAACCAACGCUCAUGUAGUCCAAGGAUGUCAUACAGUAUUGUUGGUCGUCAACUAUGCUAACCAUAUUGUCCAAUUGUACGGUACAGUUGAAUACGUUGAACAGCAACUAGAUUUGGCGCUUAUCCGACUUCGUAUGGAUGAUACAGGUUUUAGUGAUAAUUUUCAACCGCGACCACUGGCCGACUACACUAGUAGUGGACCGCCGAUACCAUCACCGGGCGAUCCGAUUGUAGCGGUUGCCCAUUCGCAAGUGCCAAACAACAAACAUCCGGGUAUUGUCCGGGCGUUGGGUUGUCCGCCGCUUACCGAUAUGGACGAUUGGUAUACAAUUUCGGUAAAUGUAUACAACUGGACCGACCAACUGAUGCUAUCGCAUACGGCCCGUAUAGUAUCGGGUUUUUCUGGCGGUCCACUAGUCGAUGCCGCGGCCAAUAUUGUCGGUGUCAAUGAUCUUGGCUGUGAAUUUGAUUUGUUUUAUAACAUAACGUCUACCGAUACCAUUGAUUUUAUUAGGAGAGGCAAACAGUAUAUGACAAACGAGUUUCCCAUAAAGUAUGCCAAACGCGAGGACAGUUAUACCACAAAAUCGAGCCUAAAAUUAGGUAUUAUAGUCGGAUGUCGUCGUCUACUGAACAAUAGGUUUAUCAUUGAUGAUAUACUACCGGAAACUAAUUGCUCUAAAUUAUAUAUUGACUGUGAAAUUGUUGAUAUCAAUGGACAACAGUUAACAAAUAUCAGACAAUUUACCGAUACAUUGAUUGGUUUGAAAGAUAAUGAAAAAAUCCAAUUAAAUUUAAUUGAAAAUAUAUUUGCCGUCAAAAUGCAACCAUUAAUACAGGUUUGCAAAUACAGUAUCAAUAGUCCGAUAGGUUUACCCAUUGUUUUCUAA